AUGAUACUUCGAGUUAAAAAGCUGGCAUUUACUCUUUUCAAAAUCCCUCUCCUUUUUCUGCUUCUCUACAUCUUUGUGUGCUCUCUUGAUAUUUUAAGUUCUGCCUUCCAACUAGCUGGAGGAAGGGUAGCUGGGAAUAUCUUCCAGGAAAAUGCUAUCCUGUCUAACCGUGCCGGGCUGGUGGUUGGAAUAUUGGUGACGGUGUUGGUCCAGAGUUCAUCUACCUCUACCUCAUUGGUCAGCCUUGUGUCUGCUAGUUUGCUGGACGUGAGAUCAGCCAUUCCCAUCAUCAUGGGCUCCAAUAUCGGAACAUCGUUCACAAAUACCAUUGUUGCUCUAAUGCAAGCUGGGGAAAGAGAGGAGUUUGAACGGGCAUUUGCUGGAGCAACGGUUCAUGACUGCUUUAACUGGUUGUCUGUAAUGGCGCUUCUACCUCUGGAGGCUGUCAGCGGGCUGCUGAGGCAUCUGUCUCAGGUUGCAGUCAACACACUGCAGCUCAGAAAUGGAGAAAAUGCUCCUGAACUUCUUAAAGUUCUCACCGAGCCACUGACUAAAGUGAUAAUUCAGUUGGAUCAAUCAGUUAUUACAGCCAUUGCAAAUGGAGACCAGAAUCAAAGGAACAAAAGUCUGGUGAAGCGAUGGUGUCAAACCUCAGCAUUCAGGGAAAAUGGAACAUCUUUGGUGCCACAGAACCUGUCACAACAAGCACAAAAAUGUAGACAUCUGUUUGUGGACUGCUCUCUGUCGGACUUGGCUGUAGGUCUGAUCCUCCUGACCUGCUCCCUGUUGGUUCUGUGCAGCUGCCUCAUUCUGCUGGUUAAACUGCUGAACUCCCUGCUAAAGGGACAGGUAGCAAGUUCCAUCAACAAAAUCCUUAACACAGACUUUUCCUACCCUUUUACUUGGCUGGCAGGCUAUCUGGCUGUGCUCGUAGGAGCUGGCAUGACCUUUUUGGUUCAGAGUAGUUCUGUCUUCACAUCUGCAAUCACUCCGCUUAUAGGAAUCGGUGUAAUUAGCAUCGAACGGGCUUAUCCUUUGACUCUGGGGUCCAACCUUGGAACCACCACUACUGCUCUGUUAGCAGCCCUGGCUAGUCCUGGAGAAAAGCUAGCUGCUGCCACACAGGUUGCUCUAUGUCACUUCUUCUUUAACCUUUUUGGCAUCCUGCUCUGGUAUCCCAUACCGGCCACCCGUUUACCCAUACGCAUGUCCCGAGCUCUUGGCAGAUGCACUGCCAGGUACCGCUGGUUUGCUGUGCUGUACCUUGUAGUCUGUUUCCUGCUGUUCCCAUCUCUGGUGUUUGCUCUGUCCAUGGCUGGCUGGAGGGUGAUGGCUGGGGUUGGAGUGCCAGUCAUUAUACUGAUCAUAUCUGUGACAAUAAUAAACAUCCUGCAAGUACGAAGGCCCAGAUGCUUGCCAUUUAAACUACAGAGCUGGGACAUUCUUCCUGUGUGGAUGAGAUCAUUGCAGCCCAUGGAUGACCUCAUCACCAGGAUGACCCUCUGGUGUGGACAAACCAAAGGUAAAUGUUGGUGCUAAUUUCAGAUGCAACCUUGUCUUUCCACGCAAUUUGUUUUGGUUUAGUUAUUCUGUCCUUGUUGAUUUGUUCUUAGGGUGGAUUUGUAGAAGAAACGACCAACCAGCAAAACAACUGGAUGGAAUCAUUCCAAACGUUGAUAGAGUAGAAGGAAAACGGAAAGAAAAUGUGGAAAACCAGCUGACUGAUGAAAGCUGGACCAAGCCAAGCGAUUCCGCAAGCUGUCAUUUACAAACAGUUGAGGACAUUAACAUCUUAACAAGCAGUAUGUCUCUGGGAUGCAACAUGCAUCAACACACAGACUUUAACACUCGUCUGUAGUGCUUUUCUUCAUUUAAACCACAUUGCAUCAAGGUUUGCAUGAACGUAGAUAACGGAGAAGUCCUAUAGCGCAGGGAAUACUUGGAUUUCAUUAUGAGGGAUGACAAAAUGUAAGGGGGGUGGGGCACGACAUGUCCAACCCCCACUUUUUCCAAAGUCAAUUUUUGCCCCCUGCACUUUUUACCGCCCCAAAUCAACAUUACGCUAUAUUAAAUAGACACAGGGGCGGAUUGUCACUGCAGGGGCCCCUGGGCACAAUGUGAUUAACCUAACCCUAACCCAAUC